AUGCGUGAAAGUCGCACCAUUGACGAAAGAGUAGUGAUUGUACGGGUUUUUUCGAAGUACGAAAAUGUACGCGACGUACAAAGACGGUGGGAAGAUCAUUUUGAUGCAACUCCACCGCAUUUAACUACAAUUUCUCUGGUAAAUAAAAAGUUUGAUGAAAAUGGAACAGUUGAAGAUUUACCACGCAGCGGUCGAUCAACUGCACUCUCGGAAGAAAAAUUAGAGAAAAUUGAAGAUAUGGUUACUACUAACCCAUAG